GUGAUGUCGCUGCUGCUGAUGUGGUGUUCACUGUACUGAAGGCUGCGGACCGGAGUCCACGAUUCAAACUGUUUUUUCGGUCGAAUAUCUGCCCUGUUGUAUAUAAAAACAAUGCCUUACUAUCAGACUUGGGAGGAGUUCGCCCGCGCAGCAGAAAAACUAUAUCUGACAGACCCCAUGAAGGUCAGAGUGGUCCUCAAGUACAGACACUGCGACGGUAACCUGUGCAUGAAAGUGACGGACAAUGCUGUGUGUUUACAGUACAAGACAGAUCAGGCUCAAGAUGUGAAGAAGAUCGAGAAGCUCCACGGGAAAUUGAUGCGACUCAUGGUGUCCAAGGAGACGCACACUGGCGCCAUGGAGACGGAUUAAAAACUCUGCUCUAGUGGCACUCGCCCUCUAGAAGCACCUGGACUGAGUUCAGAGGACACUGAUUGUUGAGCGCACAGUACUAUCAGAGUACGAUGUGGAGUCUUGAGAGAAUCUGACCACCUACAUUCAUUUAAUACCAUCAGAGCUGUGAUGUAAAGGUUUACUAUAUAUAUUUUAUCCUCUCAGGUUUUCUGUUAAUUACAAAACAUUCUUAGUCAUCACAUCUCUCUUGAUAUUCUUAGUCAGGCAUUUUGAUGACAUCUCUGAUGGUAUUAAUGUGAAGUAGGGAAGGCUGCCGGGAAAGUUAAGGGGAAUAUAAAGAUGGGAAAUGCGUCAGAUUUGGGAAAACGUGGUUCAAAAAUGUACAAAAUGAUAAAUCCUCUGCUGCGAUGAAGCAGAUUUAGCACCUUUAUUUCAUUAGGUGUUUGUCUUUGAUUGCCUUUACUUAUUUAUAAAGGGGAUGAAAAGGAUGGACAUGGAGGCCACAGCAUGUCUCAUCUAUUUACACAAGUUGUUUUUUUUUUUCUUCUUCAUGGACUUGUGCCACCUGAAUGAAGCAAGACCUUCUGAUUUCCCAACAAGAUUGUGGAGAAACCUAUGAUUUCUAAAGAGGAACCUCCACACACCUCAAAAUGCCAUCUCAUAUACUGAGAAUAGUUGUGUUCAAUAAAUGCUCAUUUACCCCAGAAUAA